GUUGAAGAAGCAUUUAGCUUGAACGCGGUUCCAGCUUAUUUGGAGAAAUCGAACUCACAAAUUAAUGAUUUGGUACAACUGGUGCGCACAGAUCUUGCCACGGGCACACGGCUAACCAUCGAGGCUCUGAUUGUACUCGACGUGCAUGCUCGCGAUGUUGUCAAAUAUCUAAUUGAUGUCAAUGUUGAAAAUAUCACUGAAUUCGAUUGGAUAUCUCAAUUACGUUACUAUUGGCGAGAAACUGACAAGGGUGAGGAAUGGGUCUGCGUGAGCAUGGUUGUUACGGAUGUUAAAUAUGGCAUGGAAUAUUUGGGCAAUAAUCCACGUUUGGUUGUAACGCCGCUUACCGAUCGCUGUUACAGAACGCUUAUGGGCGCAUUGAAAUUAUGCUUGGGCGGCGCUCCGGAAGGACCAGCAGGCACAGGCAAAACGGAGACGU